UAAAAGCAGAGGAGAGAAAGAGUGGGACUGACAGCAAGAGAAAAAGUGAAAAGAGAAGAAUAAGAAAGCGUGAGAGACAGGUGUAAAGAGUGCCUGUGAGGGACAGAAGAAAAGAAACAUAGCUAAAAAAGGAAUCAGAAGGUAAGAAGGAGGGAAGAGAGAGGUGAGAAAGAGAGUGAGUAACAGAAGCUCAGAGCACGUGGCGUGCAGACAGAAGAGCCGAGAGAAUAGGAGCGCUCUCUCACCCCAUCUUCACAGAGAGCAGCUAAUGAACUAAGAGAGCGAGAGACGGCACGUAUAAAACAAGCGAUCUGCCACCUGUGGAAACUUUCAGACACCUACAAGACUGUCAGAAAACAUCAUUGGGUUGCACAUCGAAAGAAGAGACGCUUCUCUCAUGGAGAAUAACGUAAAUGCUGAGGCAAUGGGAGACUGACAGGACACUCUUUUGACCUCUGCGCUGACACCUUUUAGGAUGGAAAGGAGCUUUAAUGGAUUUCUGAUGAUUUCCUGUGACAGUUUUCUGUCAGUUUUGAGUUUGGAAGAAUCAGACUGAAUGCACGAAGUGUGAACUCUUUCAACAUGGCUGCUGUUGGCAAAAAGAGUCGACUUUAUCCCACACACUUCCAGAAUGUGAUUACAACACUCUCAGAUGCCAGACAAUCCAACAUGCUCCACAAACCCCAAAAACCCUGCCUUAUCGUGACGGAUUCAAGAUGUUAAAUCCGGGUUGGCAGCUGAACUUCAGGGCAUCAUGGUCAAUGUGACGCCCAGUAUAGACCCAGCGGCGGCCUACGAGAGGUACAACUACCUCGCGUUGAUAUGUGGCGUGCCUCUCAUCCUCAUCAUCAUCUUGGGGAAUGUGCUUGUGUGCCUCAGUGUGUUUACUGAACGCUCCCUCAAAACCGCAACUAACUACUUCAUCGUCAGUUUGGCUGUGGCUGACCUCCUGCUGGCCGUGCUGGUCCUCCCGCUCUACGUCUACUCUGAGUUCCUGGGAGGCAUGUGGACUCUGAGUAUGUACAUCUGUGAUGCCCUAAUGACUAUGGAUGUAAUGCUCUGCACUGCUUCCAUUUUGAAUCUAUGUGCAAUUAGUGUGGACAGGUACAUUGCAGUAGUGGUCCCUCUGAAGUACAACAGGAACCAGUUUAGUGUUCGUCAGCUAGUCUUGAUCACAGCAACCUGGGUGCUAUCCCUGGGUGUAGCCAGUCCUGUCAUAUUCGGUUUGAACCAGGUGCCAAACAGGAACCCUCAUGUGUGUAAGCUGGAGGACAACCAGUUUGUGAUCUACUCCUCCAUCUGCUCCUUCUUUGUCCCCUGCCCUGUCAUGCUUUUCCUGUACUACUGGAUGUUCAGGGGUCUAAAGAGAUGGAGCUCUGGCCGUAGCAGAUCACACCUCCACCGGCCACCCAGAGGGCGUAGGAGCCUGUCUUUGCGACUAGGAGCAGCUCUACAGAAAGAGAAGGGACAGGCAAGGGAGAAAGUAGUGUACCUCAUGCCUGCAGGUCUUAGUCCGACAUCUCUCACCGCUACCCCAACUACUCCAAUCUCCCCAGCCAGCCCGGUAACCCUUACCACAGAUGAGCUGGCAGAAGGUCAGAUGCCGGCAGCAGAGAGUGACCCCAUGACCAACCAGAUGGACAGUGUAUCGGACGCAGAGAACCCUGAGCGGGCCACUGAGGAUGAGAGCGGCCGGGAGAAUGGUGUGGGGAAGAACCAUCGGCCACAUACGGGACGAUGCCACAGCAAGAGCAACAGGGUGAGCGGACGGGAGCGGAAGGCGAUGAAGGUGCUGCCAGUGGUUGUGGGUGUUUUUCUGGCCUGCUGGACUCCUUUCUUCGUGGUCCAUGUGACUAAGGCACUGUGUGAGUCAUGUGACAUCGGGCCGAUGCUGAUCAGUGUGGUCACGUGGCUUGGAUAUGUGAACAGCGCCGUCAACCCUAUCAUCUACACUGCCUUCAAUGUGGAGUUCAGAAAAGUCUUUCACAAACUGCUUUGCUGUCGCUCAUGAGGCCAAAUGCUCUAUUUAGCAAAAAUCUUAAUUGAUAAUGAAUCACUGAAUAAUUCAAAAAAUAAUCAUAAAAAAACACCUUCAAGAUCUGAGCACACAAUGGUCUUGGAAUUGUCUAAAGAAAUUAAACAAUAAAAAACAACAGAUUACUGAAAGCAAUGAUGGACACAAACAGCACAGUGGAGUGUACCAUUGAGGAAAACUUCUGAUGCCUUUGUUAAGUGAACAUUUUCUUGUAAAAUUACUGCUUGAAUGCUACAGUAUAUAACAAAAUACUGUUAAUUUCAUAGCCCAGAGGCAUAAAAUAUGUGAAAACAGUCAUCUGUGCUUGAUAUGUGAUUGGUAUCAGUGUUAAUUAAAUAUUUCUAGAUUUCUUUUUUUUCCUCUUCCUUUUUUAUUUUAUUUUUUUAUUUUUAUUUUUUUGUGUGUUGGUUCCUUUGAAUAUAGUUAAUGCAGAAUUAACAGGCAGGUCUUUUUUAUGGUUGAAGAGCAAGUCGACACAUUUAGAUCACAAGCUAUGUUUGGAAUGACAUACUAGCAUACUGCAUACUAAGCAGUAUAUUUAGUAUGAUGCCUAAAAAAAAUUAUGCAAUAUAUGGAAUGAUAAACACAUUUAAACAGUUUCAGAACUUGACACAUUGUAUGCUUACUUCAAGUACAAUUCAGUUAUCAUCUUGUAUAUGGUUAAUGUGCACUUUUAUUUUAAAUAUUCGUGUUAAUGUAUUCUAAAAUGAGAAAUUUGCAUACUUCACCCAGUAUGCAUAUUAUAUACUAUAAUAUGGCUAUAGUAUAUACUAGAAAUUUGCUGUCUACUACAAGUAUAGUACUAUGCUUAUGCUAUUCUGAAUACAGCAAUUGAUUCUGAAAGGUGCUUGUAGUGAGAUUGUUACUUUUUUUUUUUUUUUUUUUCACUGUAAAACCUAUUAACAUAGGCAUGCACGUUUCAUUUUCUUACGUCACCUUUAGUUAGAACAAAUGAUGUUAAGAAGUUAAUUCUGUGGCUUCAUACAAAGAGGAAAAUGUUCCAGCUAAUGUGCAAGAGGUUCUACUUUAUAUACAGUUGCCAAAAUCAUUGGAUGCCUUUCUCUGCCCUAGUGCUCACAGUCUGCCAAUUUAGUUUUAUUGCAAAUGUGAUUCACAAAAUGUGUACUGUAGAUGUGCUCAGCAGUGUCUGAUAAUAAAACUGCAAAAUAGCAUGGGGGAUCGUGGGUAUCAUCUGGGGUGGAUUAUAGCAAUUGUGCUUCUAAGAAUCAAUGUUGUAAAGAGACUUGUGGAAUGAGUAUUGCUGUUCUUGUACAGGAUCAUCAGUGCAUCUGUCAAUUUAUUGAGAUGCUUUAUUGCUUAAACUGUAUAAAUACUUUAUGCAGUAGACUUCAUAAUUUUGAUGCCACACUAACAAUAUGGGAUUUAACCUAUGAUUUAUGAAAUUCAUCGUAAUGGUAAUACAGUAUAA